ACAGGAGUUAGCUAGCUAAAUGGAGCUAGCUGGCGUUAAACGGGUGGGGGCUGUGUGAUCAGCUGUGAAUUGUUAAAUACCUCUCUGUACACAACCAGGCCUUGUCUUUCACUCGACUGCUCGUCGUUAGUAUUUGGUUGGGAAAGUAUGAUUAAUACUAACUUUUAGGGCCUGGUGCCAGCCGACCAGGUCACACGGAGUGAUUAGUUUAACGAAUAUUUACUAUAGUAACAGCUUUAUGUUGCUCAGUGACUUUAGAGACAAAGGCGCUGGUUAGCAGUAAGCUAACACUGUUAACGGUACGAGUAGUAAUGUCAGUAAUGCGUUUUCAUGGUUAAAAAAACCCAAAAGCAAACAAAUACAACAUUUAUGGCUUUGACGUCUUAUUAAAAUAAUUUUCCUGUCAGCACCGAACGUAGAAAAUGGUUAGCUAUCUGUUUUCAGCUAACUAGACUAGCCAUUGUACGAAAGAAAACAUCCGAGCUUGAUUUCUCGAUUAUUAACUAAGCUAAGUAUGUCUAGACAAUACACUCUCCAGAUGUAUAGGUUUACAUGUUUUAACCGUAUUUUAGUUUUUAUGUUUUAUUUCCCAGCUAUAUUAACUCGGAAAAGAUAUCGCUCGUCUAAGCCCAUAACUCCGAGCUUUUGGCUAGCCGUGCUGUUUUCAAGUUGCCAUCUUAUUACUCAGCAGAUUUUUAAGCUGCCAUACAGUGUGUCAGAUUGCCUGCACUGGCAAAUCAUAAUUUAUCAUCAUCAUCACACCCGCCAGGCCUUCCUCCACCAAGCCAAACCUGGGGCCCUUCUGACGUCACUGUAGCUGCUCUGUUCAGUGUUGUCAGCUGUUCGGAGACGUAAAACAUGUUUUUGCGUCUUUAUGAGGUUUUCUUGGAACUUGGAUCCCAGCUGAAUGCACAGCUGGAGGGCUGGUUAUCUCAAGCUCAAUCUAUAUUAGGACCUGCUAGAGCCAUUAUAGCACCACAUGCUGGUUAUACCUAUUGUGGCGCCUGUGCUGCACAUGCCUACAAGCAAGUGGACCCUUCUAUCACCCGGAGGGUAUUUAUUCUUGGACCUUCCCACCAUGUGCCCUUGUCUCGAUGUGCGCUAUCCCCUGCUGAGGUCUACAGAACACCACUGUAUGACCUGAGGAUCGACCAGAAGGUGUAUGCCGAUCUGUGGAAAACAGGCAUGUUUGAAAGGAUGACUUUGCAAACAGAUGAGGAUGAGCACAGCAUUGAGAUGCACCUGCCUUACACCGCCAAAGCAAUGGAAAGCUGCAAAGAUGAGUUCAGCAUUGUUCCAGUGCUGGUUGGAGCUCUGAGUGAAUCUAAAGAGCAGGAGUAUGGAAAGCUGCUCAGCAAAUACCUUGCUGAUCCUGCCAACCUUUUUAUUAUUUCAUCAGAUUUUUGCCACUGGGGUCAACGGUUCCGUUACACAUACUACGAUGAAAAUCAGGGUGAAAUCUAUAGAUCCAUUGAACAUCUGGACAAGAUGGGUAUGGGCAUUAUAGAACAGCUGGACCCUGUCUCCUUCAGUAACUACUUGAGAAAAUAUCACAAUACUAUUUGUGGUCGACACCCUAUUGGAGUUCUACUAAAUGCUGUGGCAGAACUGAAAAAGAGUGGUCUAGACAUGAACUUUUCUUUCCUAAAUUAUGCUCAGUCGAGCCAGUGCCGAAACUGGUCUGACAGCUCAGUGAGUUAUGCUGCUGGAGCUCUUGUAGUUCAUUGAGGUGAAUUCACCCAGGAGUAACUUCCCUGGCUUUUUUUUUUUUUUUUGAAAACCCAAGGAACUUCCCCAACAACUUAAACAACCUCUCCUCAACCUCUCCACCUUUUUCCAGUUUUCUCAUUUCCUUUUCCAGUGAAAGACUUUAGAUUUGCUGAGAUAUAAAGCAUUAAAUACUAAUUAAAUAUAUUCAACUACUGCAAUCCCCUCCCUUUUUUUAUUUCUUACACAAUUUAGUUAAUGCUUUAGUUUAAAGUACAAUUGCAGCUUGUGCUGCUGUGGAUGGUUUUCUCCUCUUUUUUUUUUUUUGCAAGCUUUCCAGCAGUGGAUUUUGUAGCGUGAUGGAAUCUGCAAGGACUUUACCUGUCAAGUUCUUAAGUAUCUGUAAGAACAUAUGGUUCCGUUAAAACUGAAAUAAAGUAAAUGAUAUAUGCA